AUGGCCACACAGAAGAAUGGAAAUUUUCCAACAGUUUGUGUUACAAAAUCCCUGACUGUUUACCCAAAAUCUUUUCACCCACAACAAAUUCUCACUCUGUCCAAUUUGGAUAGGCAGUGUCCACUGCUUAUGUACUUAGUUUUCUUUUACAAACCAUCAAGUGUUCACCAAAAUCUGUCCCUUGAUCUGGUUUUUAGUAGGCUAAAAUCAGGGUUGGAGGAGACCUUGUCAGUUUGGUACCCAGCUGCAGGCCGUUUAAGCUUGAAUCCCCAUGAUGGAAAGCUCAAUCUCUGGUGCAACAACAAAGGUGCAAUUCUAGUUGAGGCUGUGACUCAAGUCAAGAUUUCUGAGCUGGGUGACCUCUCUCAGUACAAUGAAUUCUUGGAGAGUUUAGUCUACAAGCCUCUUUUUAGUGGAAAUUUCGCUGAGAUGCCUCUUGCUGUUGCUCAGGUGACGAGGUUUGGUUGUGGGGGCUAUUCGGUGGGAGUUGGUACGAGCCACUCCUUGUUCGAUGGACCAGGAAGCUAUGAUUUUCUUCGUGCAUGGGCUUCUAAUUCUGCUAUUAUGCAAGACAAGGGAGGCAUAGAGGUGCAUAAACCAGUGCAUGAGAGAGGGAGGCUGGGGAUGGCAAAUUCUCAUGUUGUGAAAUCAGCCAUGGCUGCCCCAAGGGCAACAGCCAUAGAUCAUCUAUAUCUGCUGAUACAGAAUGCACUUGGAAAUGGGCAAAACCUUUCUGAGAUGGCCGGAAAUGUGAAACAUGUUACCAAAACUUUCCAUCUUACAGGUGCAAUGAUGGAGAGUUUCAAGAGGAAAGUGUUUGGCCAAGGGAGAAGUAACUUUUCAUGUUCACCCUUUGACUUGGUUGCUGCUCAUCUAUGGAAGGUUGGAUUCAAUCCUGAUUAG